AUGGCGGAUGCAGAAUCUGGCAACAUAACCAACUCAGGAUGUACAAAAUCUUGUAAAGGUCGAUUUAUCUGUUUUGGUACUGUGGCCGUUGCCAUCAUUCUCAUUCUCUUGAUCUUAUCCUUAUUCACUUUGCACACUAGUGACCCAAAGUUUGAAGUUGACUCAGCAUCCUUCAACAUAUUAAAUACAAAACGUUCUACCGUCACUCUUGGAUGGAACGUUACCCUUGUUGUGUCCAAUCCUAACUAUUGGCACACUCUCUCAUAUCACGAAGUUUCAGUUGAUGUUGAAUUCAUUGGCAAACAAUACAAAAGAAUUCUUGCCACCACUUCCUUGAAUCCUUUCUCCCAAGGAGUUGAUAGCAUGUUUAACCAUGAAGUUCAAUUUAAAAUGAAUGUGGAUAAUCACAUACCAGCCAACAUUGUUGGUAGUCACUCUCGUGGAACUAUUAACUUUGGGUUUGUGUUGUCCACUUUGACCAAGUUUAAGGGUACGUUCAAUAUUUUCCAUAAAGAUCAUAAUUUGAAGGUUGUUUGUGAACCUCUCAACUUCAUGCAUUCGCCAGGAUCGUCACAUUGGAAAUUAUCUAAUGCUAUAACAUGUCACUAG